UGUUUGCAGGAGGCUCCUCUUUCCGUCUGGGAGGAGUCUUGACUGUGGUCAAAGAGCAACAAGAUAAACCUUAUCAUUUAUAAGUGUGCUUGCAGUGAACGCGAAAUUCGAAGCACUGGAGGAUUUUUGACAGCACUCAUUUUGAUCAGACAUGGAGUUGACAGCAGAGAAUCACUCUAUUCCUCUGAGUGAUGGAAACAGUAUACCUUUGAUAGGACUGGGAACUUAUGGGGAUCCCCGCACGACCCCUAAAGGCACUGCAUAUGAAGCAGUCAAAGUGGCCAUUGAAAAGGGAUACAGACACAUUGAUGGAGCCUUGGUUUAUUUCAAUGAACAUGAAGUUGGGCAAGCGAUAAGGGAUAAAAUUGCAGAUGGAACUGUGAAGAGAGAGGACAUUUUCUACUGCGGAAAGCUGUGGAACACGUUCCAUCCUCCUGAGUUGGUCCGACCCGCUUUGGAGAGAACCUUAAAGACAUUACAGCUGGAUUAUGUCGACCUCUAUAUUGUAGAAAUGCCCACAGCUUUUAAGCCGGGUGACACAUUCUACCCCAAAGAUGAGAACGGGAAGGACAUUUAUCAUGAAACAGACCUGUGUGCAACAUGGGAGGCUUUGGAAGCUUGCAAAGACGCGGGACUCGCGAAGUCUCUCGGAGUGUCCAACUUCAACAGGCGACAGUUGGAGCUGAUCCUCAACAAACCUGGACUGAAACACAAGCCUGUCUCAAACCAGGUUGAAUGUCAUCCUUAUUUCACACAACCAAAGUUACUAGAAUACUGCAAGCAGAAGGAGAUCGUCAUUGUCGGUUACAGCCCACUGGGGACAUCUAGAGAUGCAUCCUGGGUAAACCUAAAAUGCCCCCCGUUGUUGGAAGAUGAGCUGCUGGCGUCGAUCGCCAGGAAGCACAAGAAGACCACAGCCCAGGUGUCGCUGAGGUUCAACGUGCAGAGGGGAAUAGUGGUCAUCCCGAAGAGCUUCAACCCCGUUCGUAUAAGGGAAAACUUUGAGAUAUUCGACUUCACUCUCUCCGAGGAUGAGAUGAAGGCGAUUGAGGGGCUGAACAAGAAUAUUCGCUUCGUGGAGCUCCUCAUGUGGUCCGAUCAUCCCGAGUACCCUUUCCAUGAUGACUACUAGACUCCGUGGAUAUCAAGACUGCUUCAAUUUAAUCAGAGCAAGCUCGUUCAUUUUUAUUGAUUUUACUGCAUUUUAUUGUACCGUACUUUUAAAAGGAUUAUUGAUCAAUAAAGUCUCUCUGCCUAAACUUGA